AGCCAUUGCUGGUGUUAGGGCUCUCACUGAGUCUGUUCAUGUGCUACCUCAUCCUUACCGAAAGGGAUAAGAUAUCGGCAACGCCACAUUCAGAAGAAACCACUGGUCACCCUCUCGGUGCUUCAGAGGUCUGGACAGGCAGCCCCGCCCCCGAAGGGUUCUCCCGAAUCUUCUUCCUGGAAACCGGAGGCUACGGCCAACUCAGCGCGCGCGUCGCCUGCGCGGUUGAGUCGGCGGCCAAGCUGCACCCUCACUGGGCAGUCCACCUCCUGUCCGCGGGCGGAGGGGACGUGUCACGCGCAAAUGUCACCUUGUCGGGACCUUUCGCUCACAUGCUCAAGUCCAUUCCUAACGUCGUGGCGAGCGUCAUCAAGCCGCAGGAGGUGUUCCAGGACACCCCACUAGAGGCGUGGUACGAGUCUGGCAUCCUGGACACGAGCGCCUUCCCCGUCGAGCACCUAGCCGACGCCAUGAGGCUGGCAGUGGUGUACAAGCUAGGGGGCGUCUACCUCGACAUCGACGUCAUCGUGAUGCGCCCCCUCGACUCGCUGCCACCUUGCGUCUGCCAGUCGCCAGUGGAGAACGGCGACAUGGUGAGCAACGCGUUCUUGGCGUUUCGCCGAGGUGACCCCUUUCUGCUGCAUCUCAUGCGAACAGUACGCAGCGUAUACAGGCCGCAAGAGUGGAGCUCCAUUGGGCCCAAGCUGCUGCGUCUGGUGACGCUGGAGAGAUGCGGGGCACAGCAGGUGAAGGAGCUGCUCGGACGCAGGUGCGGCGGCGACGACACGGGCUUCACGGUGCUGCCCCACUGGAUGUUCUUGCCGGUGCCCUUCGACCGCUGGGAAGCGUUCUUCGUCGCCAACGCCAGUCGCGAGGCGUGGCUCAUGUCCUCCGCGAGUUACGUCAUGCACGUCUACAACAAGAUGAGCUCGAAGACGCCCGCAGUGCCUGGCUGCGCGUACAGGCAAGCGGCCGAGGCCCACUGCCCGGACAGUUUACGGAUGUCUUUAGAAAAGCUGGGUACCUUCUGACAUCUGAGAGCAGGACUUCCCGAAUGCCCAGUCUCGGAUGCCCCAUUUCCGGAUACAAGGUUAAUGGAUGUUCAGUCCAUGGGUGCCAAGCUAACCAGGUGUUCAGUCCCCGAAUGUCCGCUUCGUGGUGUCAAGUUGCCGGAUUUUCAAUCCCCGUAUGCUCAGUUUGGAAUGUCAAACUACCAGAUGUCCAGUCUUUGAAUGUCAAGUUAACCGCAUGUUCAGUUCCCGGAUGUCCAGUUUCAGAUGUCAAGUUCCCGUUCAGUUAACAAACAUUCGGGAACCGGACUUCGUCAAGCCAGUGCGCCCAAAGAGGAUUGGCCGAUUACUUCUGCCCACACCAUAUAUAUUAUCAUAUUAGUUAUAC